AUGCAAAAGGGAAACAUCAGCUCAGUGACUGAAUUUCUCUUGCUGGGUUUUUCUGUUCUUGGAAUAAACCCAGUUGUGCUUUUCCUGAUUUUUGCUCUUGUGUAUGGCACAAUCCUGCUCUUCAACAUCAUCGUUAUGUCAGUCAUACUGAUUGACCGGACCCUACACAACCCUAUGUAUUUUCUGUUCUUUGCAUUCUCAGUCUCAGACACCAGCACCACAUUUGUUACCAUCCCCAAGCUCUUAGUGACUCUGCUGACAGGACAUCAAUCCAUUUCCUUUACUGGAUGUACUUUACAGGUAUUUUGGUUCUUUGGCCUGGGGGCAAACAAUUGUUUUUUGCUAGUGGCUAUGGCUUAUGAUAGGUAUGUGGCAAUAUGCUACCCACUUCAAUACCAGGUCCUGAUGAGCAAAAGGACAUGUGCCAAACUGGUAGCUGCAUCCUUUGUGGCAGGAUUUCUCAUAUCACUGAACAUUGAUUGCCUUAUCUUCAGGUUACCCUUCUGUGGACCCAAUGGAGUGAGACAUUUCUUCUGUGAUCUCUCACCUGUUCUGCGACUAGCUUGUACUGACAUCUACCUAACAAGUGUUGUGAUUGUUUUUUUCUGUGCCAUUGUUUUGUUGGCAACAGUCAUACUGAUCAUUAUCUCAUAUAUCAACAUCCUCUCUGCUAUCCUUAAGAUCCAGUCCAGCAUGGGCAGGCAGAAAGCCUUCUCUACCUGUGCCUCCCAUCUCACUGUGGUACUAACACAUUUUGGGUGUGCUUCUUUUGUGUAUUUGAGACCUAAGUCUGGGUCUUCAUUAGAUCAGGACACAAUGAUCUCAAUGGUGUAUGUCUUUCUAACACCUCUGUUGAACCCUAUGAUCUAUGCCUUAAGAAACAAGGAAGUUAAAUUUGCCAUUAAAAAGUUGCUAAAAAAAUUGUUUUGUUUCCAGAAAUUCUGA